AUGAGUGCUUCAAACAAAAUGAAAUGGUUUUGUGUAAAUUGUAAAGAUUUUAAUUCUGAAUCAGGUGCUGUAGUAAAUCAAGUAAAAAACUGUUCACAUUCUGAUAAAAUAUUAUCGGAUCUGAAAGAUUCGGUUAACUUCUUGAUCGGUGUUCCAGAACAAGAAAAUGAAGAUUGUUGCAAAAUAGUUGAAGAAAUGUCAUUGGCAUUAGGAGAAGCUGUAUCAGUUACAUCUGCAUAUCGCUACCGGUCCAAAGUGCCAAAUAAAAUUGGAAAAAUUGUUGCUGUCUUAAGCAGCUAUAAAAAUAAAAAAUCGUUGAUGGAGAUGUCAAGAAAGAAAAAACUUAAAGCAAAAAAUGUCAAUGCAAACUGGAAUGAUGAAGAUGAGUUACUACUAUUUUUGCAAAAUGAUUCAGAUUUCCAUUUAGACGUAAUUGUGUUAACGGAAACCUGGCACGAUCCUAAAAAUUGUAUUUAUUCUUUACCUGGGUCACCCUCGGAUAUAAUUAAUGAAUUUUUGACUCGUUUAGAAGCUAUAUUAAUGUCAGAUAAAGACAUUGUUGAUAGCACUAUGACUAUCUUAUUAGGUGAUAUUAACAUAAAUAUAAUAGGUAAUGAUAAUGUUGAGAAUAAUUACCUUGACUUAUUAUCAUCUAAUGGUUUUAGUUCUCUUAUUAACCGUGUUUCUGGAGACCCUAAAAACACAUGGAAAUUAAUAAAAAAUCUAACUAAUAAACCAAAUACUGAUAAUGAUAUCAUAAAACGCCUUAACUAUAACGGGAACAUUAUUGAUGCACAAAAAGAACCUUUAACUGCGUCCAAUCAUUUAAAUAUGUUUUUUUCCACUAUUGGACAAAAUCUAGCAAAUAAAAUAGAUAAAUGUUUUGAUGAAGUUUCUGAUGAGCGUACACCAGUGAUCAAUUUCAACAAUUUUUUCUCGGUAAAAAUACACUCGAUGGAAAUCAUGAAUAUAAUAAAUCAUUUUAAAGACGAUGUGGCCUGUGGUUUUGAUAAAAUUAAUGUCAAAAUUUUAAAAAACUUAGCACCGUAUAUAAUAAAUCCUUUAACACACAUAUUCAAUUUAAGUCUGAGACUGGGUAUUUUUCCAGAUAAAUUAAAAGUAGCAAUAAUUAAACCUCUACAUAAAGGUGGUGAUAAAGAAAAUAUGAACAAUUACCGACCAAUCUCUAUGUUGAGUAGUUUUUCAAAAAUUUUUGAAAAAAUUAUCAAAGCUCGUUUGAUAGAUUAUCUGGAAAAUAACAGUCUUCUUUCUAAAAAUCAAUAUGGAUUCAGACCUAGGAGAAGUACCGAAGAUGCUUUAUAUGCUGUCACAACAUUUAUUUCUAAAGCACUCGAUAAAGGUGAUAAAGCAUUAGGUAUAUUUCUAGAUUUAGCGAAAGCUUUCGAUACUGUAGAUCAUAGUUUAUUAAUUAAAGUUUUCAGUAGUUAUGGUAUAAAUGGUAUUUGUUUAAACUGGUUCAAAAGCUAUCUAAAUAAGAGGAAACAAAUUACAAAUAUGAAUGGAGUUUUGGGACAGGUAAAUGAAGUUAUGUAUGGUGUACCUCAAGGUAGUAUUCUAGGUCCAAUUUUGUUUAUUAUGUACAUUAAUAGUCUAUGUGAUAUGAGAGUUGAUGGAAAAAUAGUUGUAUAUGCGGAUGAUACAUGUCUGUUAUUAUCAAGUAGGAGUGUUCCGAUGGAGGCUCAUAUGUCCCAUUAUUCGUGCAUAGACAAUAAUGAUAAUGGUAUGAUAAUGUACCGUAAUAAAAAGGAUUAG